AUGCUGGGAUUGGAAGACCAGCUGCUCGGCAGGGUCAUCUUGAUGGAAAAGUCUGAUUUGGAGGCGGAACGGGUGGCUCUGUUUGAAUCGGUGAUGCAGAACCAGCGGAGGAUGAAGGAGCUCGAGAGCAAUCUGCUGAGUAGGCUGAAUUCCACGCAGGGCUCUUUGGUGGACGAUGAAGAGCUGAUCAACGUUCUGCAGGUAACGAAAUCGACGGCAGAAGAAGUCACCCAAAAGUUGUCUGUUUCCGUGCACACCGAGAAGAAGAUCAACGUGGCCAGGGAGGAGUUUCGAGCCGUCGCCGCCAGAGGGUCAAUUCUGUAUUUCCUCAUCGUGGAGAUGAGCAACGUCAACGUGAUGUAUCAGAAUUCGCUGAAGCAGUUUCUGAUAUUGUUCGAUAACUCGAUAACGAAAUCAGAGAAAAGUACAGAUACAAGCGAGAGAAUCGAUAUUAUUCUCAGGUAUCUGACGCAUGAGGUGUGGGUUUUUACACAACGUAGUCUGUACGAACGCCAUAAAUCUCUAUUCACGCUGAUGAUGGCGAUCAAAAUCGACUUGCACAAGGGCCUUAUAAGUCACGAGGAGUUCAUGGCCUUCAUCAAGGGUGGAGCGUCAUUGGAUUUAAACGCAGUCGCUCCAAAACCUUUCAAGUGGAUCCUGGAUAUAACCUGGCUGAAUCUUGUUGAAAUCAAUAAACUUUCGACAUUUACCGAAAUAUUGACAAAGAUUGAAGCCAACGAGAAAGAUUGGAAGUUAUGGUAUGAAAAAGAGAAACCUGAAGAAGAAGAUUUGCCAUGUGGCUACCAGAAGAAUUUGGAUGUGUUCAGGAAAUUAUUACUCAUCAGAUCUUGGAGUCCUGACAGAACUCUGUCACAAGCACGAAAAUAUAUCAUGGAUUCAUUGGGGAACGAGUAUGGAGAACCGUGCAUCUUGGAUUUGGAGGUCACGUGGAGCGAAUCUGAACCAAGAUCACCGCUUAUCUGCAUCCUGUCCAUUGGAUCAGACCCAUCACCCCAAAUAUCCGCCUUGGCUAAGGCGAAAGAUAUCCCUCUCAAAGCGGUAUCGAUGGGCCAGGGCCAGGAGAUCGUCGCCAGAGACAUGUUGGAAUUCGCGAUGGCCAACGGCGGGUGGGUGCUACUACAGAACGUCCAUCUGUCGCUGCCCUUUGCCACCGAGGUGAUGGCCAUCGUCGUGGACACGGCUACCGUACACGAUUCCUUCCGUGUGUGGUUGACUACGGAGGUGCACGAGCAGUUCCCCAUCGGGCUGCUGCAGAUGGCCAUCAAGUUCACGAACGAGCCGCCGCAGGGCAUCCGCGCCAGCAUGAAGCGCACCUACCAGAACGUCACGCAGGACUUCCUGGACUAUUCGACGCAGGCGCAGUGGCCACCGUUGCUCUACGCCGUCGCCUUCUUACACACCGUCGUCCAGGAGAGGCGCAAGUUUGGACCGUUAGGCAAGUCAAUAUAG